ACCAAGUAGAUAUAUCUAUUGUUUUAAAUGGAUUAAAUGGUCAUCGGUACUGGACAUGAGCACUGCAUCUGUGCUUCACGCGGCUCUGCGGUUUCUCUCCGGGCAGGGCCUCGACUCCGUCCGUUUCCAGCUCUCCUAUCGCUCUGCGGCGCUCGACCAGUGGACGCCGGGCCCGCUGGCGCUGGCCGGCCUGUGCCCUGCUGAGGAGUCGCGCGAGACGGCGCUCGCCGAGCCGCCCGUCGCGCUCGGCACGACGGACGGGAAAGAUGGCGACGCAAGUGGUCGGCGGCCUCCGGUCGGCUCGCCUGAAGCCGAGCGGGUGACAGAAAGAGAUCGGGCUGAUUCCACGUCCGCGGUGGAUGGAGUCGAAGCGGAGCGUGAGAAUCGCACUUCCCAUUCGCAGAUCGACUUGCUGGUCGGCGGGGGCGUUGCCCGGCCGGCGGCCCGAGAGGCCGCAGAGCCGAGCGGGGUUGCGAUCGUGCCAUCGGCCAGUGAUUCAGACUCGGUGGGGCCUGCGGCCGCGACCGACCGAGCGGGAAGCGGGCGCGGAGAGAGCCCCACGGCGGAGGAGGCGACUUCGGUGGCGCGCCAACAGGAGGCACCGCCCAAGGGAGCUGCGGAGAGCAACGUGGAUUCAAACCCAUUUGCAAAGAUGCUCGCGUGGAUCAAGGAGGCAGGGCUAGCAAGUGGCGACCAAGGGAGGGAGGCUUCAUCCGGAGAGCCCCCAGUCACCGCGGAUGAACGAGUGGCGCCUGACGUUGCGGUAGAAUUUCCAAGCUCCGUGGCGUGCGAGGCUGACGGCAGGGAGCAGAAGGUGAGCGGGAAGGAAGCAAAGGCUUCCUCACGCGAGCCUCCUGUCAGCGUCAUCGACCGGGCUCUGCCGGGUGGCGAUCACCACGAUGGAACGUUGGAUAGCGUUCAUAGCGACGCUGAGCUGGAGCUUCCUUCUCCUCCACCGACGGAGCCACAGCAGGGGACUGUGAAUCCAGAGGCCACACGCGGCUGCAGUGAGACGAUCGGGCCUUCGGAUGCGACGGAUCAUCGCGAACGUGGACCCGAAUUGACUCCCAAUGUCGAGCGACGGGACGAGAGAAAGGCCCAUCCGUCGCAGCCACUCUUUAUGGAAUUUUCGGAUUUGAAUGAAGAAAUAGAUGCCGGCGACAUUCUGUUCUCCAGACAUCUGCACAGUCAUCCCAAGAAGAAGGCUAAAAAGCCGAGGAAGAGAGCUCAAGGUGUUGUAUUUGAAGAUCCAAAGGGGGCAAAGGAAAUGCCCUGCAAAUCUAAAUCGGCGGUGGACGCCAAUACGGGCAAUGCUGGGGAGCCAAGCCACGCAAAAGGAGGGCCAAAUCAAUCAUCGUCGGACUGCUCGAGAGAAAACAAAAAUGUGAGCUUCUGCAAAGAACCGUGCCCUGACUUGAAAGCAAACUUGGGCAGCGAUCGUGAAAGUCACAUUUCUUUGCCGGAAAUCCAAAUCUCACACGUCAGGCAAGGCGACUUCACAAAGAGGUCAGGUCAAGAUGAAAACACCACAGCAGACCCACCGUCCCAGUCUCCAAGAGGCACCGGCGUCAUGGUGGAAGGAGACAACGCCCCACAAAUAGCCGGAAACACAGGCGGCAGCGACGAGGUCGACUCGACGCACAGCCCGAACCUCAUCUCCGCCGCCGUCAGCAACAUCGCCAAGGCCUCGGGGUGCCUCCCCACCAACGACUCGAGCGAUGACGAUUUCUAUGGCCACUACCCGGACGGCUCCGGCGAGGCGGAGCCACUCGGCGGGGCCAGCGGCGCGAGGAUCUCGCGGACGAGCGCGACGCGGAAAAGCAGGAAGGUCACGAGGAGGAGGAAGGACCUGGGUCCGACCAGAGCGGCCGCCAGGGCCGGGGAGAUGGCGGUGCCGGCAGCGGUAGCGGCGCUCCUCCCGGACGUCCAAAACCGGCACCAGGGCGGCCGGUUGUCGUGCUCCUCCAUUGAGGACGAUGACAUCGUGGUGGUGGUUCACAGGAAGAAACAGGGAGGAGCGGAGGACCCGUUCGGGGGCGUGCGCAAGAUGGGCCUGCUGCUCAAGCGACGACGCAUGAAGACGUGGAAGGAGUACUUCUGCGAGCUGACCGCGUCCGAGCUGCGCCUCUACCUCCCCGACGGCCGAGCCGCCGACAACCCCGCGCCGCCGCCUUCGCCGGUCGACGCCGCCGCCCCCGCGGGAGAGACGGCGCUCCCGUUCGCCGACGCUCCGGGCGAGAGGCCCGGCCGUGGAGCGGUGGCGGUGUCGCUGCACGACGGCUACGUCCUGCACAAAGCGUACUCGCUGCGGCUGUGCCAGAGCGUCGCCCUGCUGGGCCUGGCCAAGCUGUCGGUGUACGCCGCGCCGGCCGACUGCCUCGAGCUGAGCUUCGCCGGGCAAAAGCUCUUCUUCCAGGCGGGCUCCGCCGACGAUGCCGAGGACUGGGUGGAGAGGCUGCGGGAGGUCCUGCACGAGAUGGGGCACCGCGCCGUGGAUGAGUGACGGCGGUCAGCGACGGUGGCGGUAGCGCAAGUCGGCACCGUAGCGACCGCUCGUCGUCUCAGUCGGUCGACCCCACGGCACCUCUGGGUCUGACCCGUGAGACGCUGCAGGCAGGCCUCAUAGUGGACCUGGCCUGGCACAAGCGCCAUGGUGAUGUCAAUGCCGGUUCGUGGCAAAUGGCGGUUGUUGUAGGUGGUG